CGGUCCCCCACCACUUGUCACUUUGACAGCCGUGAAUGUCAAAUGCAAAAGAAAACAGAUGAUUAUUCCUCAAACAACAUAGUUCGUAUUAUUUAUUUAUUAUUUCUCCAAUAAAAUGGACCCCGCCUUACUAAAAGAAAGAGAAUUAUUCAAAAAACGUGCACUUACAACUCCUACUGUAGAAAGAAAAAAGACUGAUUCAAGACCAGAACCAACUCGCGAUGAUAGCAAAAGGUUUAAGUCUUCUAGUAGUAGCACCCCUAAACUUGAUAUCAACACAUACAAAACAGCAACAGGAAGUUCGCAAUAUCGAUUCGGUGUUCUCGCUAAAAUCGUGAAACAUAUGAGGAAGAGACACCAAGAAGGUGAAACAUAUCCACUCACAUUAGAGGAAAUUUUAGACGAAACUAAUCAAUUAGACGUAGGGAAUAAAGUCAAGCAAUGGCUGCAAACCGAAGCGUUAGUCGAUAAUCCUAAAAUUGAGGUCACUCCUGACGGAAAAUUUUUAUUCAAAGCUCCAUAUAAACUUAAAGACAGGAAAAGCUUACUGAAACUAUUGAAACAACAAGAUUUGAAAGGGUUAGGCGGUGUGUUGUUAGACGACGUGCAAGAGUCGUUACCACACUGCGAAAAGGCUUUGAAGAUUCUCCAAAACCAAAACGAGAUCAUUUUUAUAACUCGACCAAUAGACAAGAAAAAAGUUCUCUUUUACAACGAUAGGACCGCCACUUUGCCUAUUGAUGAAGAGUUUCAAAAACUUUGGCGUUCUGUGGCCGUGGACGCUAUGGACGAUGCAAAAAUAGACGAAUAUUUAGAGAAACAGGGAAUUAGAUCAAUGCAGGAUCAUGGGCCUAAGAAGCCAAUCGCUCCAAAGAGGCACAAAACGAGCCAGCGCAAGAAAACGUUCAAGAAACCACGAGAUAAUGAACAUUUGGCCGAUGUUCUUGAAACCUACUCAGAUAACACACUUACUCAGAAGAAUUCUGUAUAAUUUAGUCAAAUAAAUUUAUAUGUUAAAUA